GGCGCUUUCGUGUGCAUGCACACUCCUGCUGCUCUGAAAUGGGGCUCCUCCAGCUUCCACCGUGCAGCUUAAUCUCGCAGGAUCCUCCUGAGCUUUCCCCAGGGAUUUAACCGCAAUGACACGCCCAGGCAGUCUUGGAAAAGAGAAACGAAACUUAAAAAGAGGGUGUCUCUUAGGACUCUCCAGGGAGACGCAGCUAUCAUGGCGGCCGUGCAAGGGCUCUGCGAUGAAGCGACGUGCUCCGUCUGCCAGGACUACUUCAGAGACCCGGUGACUCUGGACUGCGGGCACAACUUUUGCCGCGCUUGCCUGGCGGGUCUCUGGGAAGGAUCCGGCCCCGACUCUCCCUCCUGCUGCCCGGAGUGCAAAGAAGCCGUGCAGCCCAGGAACUUCAAGCCCAACCGGCAACUGGCCAACGUCGCGGAGCUGCUCAAGAAACUCCAGGAGGGAGAAGGUGGAGGAAGGCGCGCACCAGGCGUGGGGCAGUGGCGGAUGUGCCAGGCGCACCAAGAGCCGCUGAAGCUCUUCUGCAAGGACGAUGAAGCGCCCAUCUGCGUGGUGUGCGACAGGUCCAAGGAGCACCGCGAACACCGCGUGUGUCCCAUGGAAGAGGCUUCCCAAGAGUACCAGGAGCAAAUCAAGGCCCGCCUAGAGACUCUGAAGGAUGAGAGAGAGAAACUUGUGGAGCAGAAUUUAGCCGAAGAGUUGAGAAGGCAGGAGUGUGUGGCGGGGUUAGAAAUGGAGAAGCAGAAGAUCAGAAUUGCCUUUGAGAUGAUGCAGGAGUUCCUUGAGGAGAAACUGAACCUGUGGCUCGGCCAGCUGGAAGAUGUGGAGAAAGAGAUGGGGAGGUGGCAGGAAGAGAACCUCUCCAAACUCUCUGAGGAGAUUUCGCAACUCAAUGAGCGGAUUGUGGAGCUGGAGGAGAGGAGCCUGCAGCCUGCGAGUGAAUUCUUGCAGGACAUCAGAAGUACUUUGAGCAGGAAUGAGAAGAACUCAGUAGGGAACGUGACGGACCUUUCUUCCAAGAUGGAAGAGGCGCUCAGGUUUGCGUCGCAGAAAAACUCUGCUUUAGAAGAGGCUUUGGAGAGCUCUCGAGAUUCUCUGAAGCAAGCCCUGAACAAAGUGAGUGUGACUCUGGAUCCGGAAACUGCAUCCCCAAAGCUCCUCAUCUCUGAGGACCUGAAGAGUGUGAGAAGGGCAGAAAAGAAGCAGGAUCUGCCCGACAACCCGGAGAGAUUUGACUGGAUGCCCUUUGUGCUGGGCCGCGAGGGAUUCACUUUGGGGAGGCCUUGCUGGGAGGUGGAGAUUGAGACGGUAGAGAAAGCCAUGUGGGCUCUCGGUGUUGCCAAAGACUCGGUCAGGAGGAAGGGUCCGUUUAAGCUUAAUCCGAAUGAGGGGGUAUGGGCUCUGAAGAAGCAGUUUGGCGAGUCCUCACCUUUUCAGCUCCUGGCUUUGAGCUGCCCUGAGCCGGUCUUCGUGACCAUAAAGCAACUGCCCAGGAAGAUCCGGGUGUCCCUGGAUUACGAAGGGGGCCUGGUGGAAUUUUUUGAUGCAGAUGCCAACGAAUGUCUCUUCACUUUCUUUGCAGGGUCAUUCUUGGGGGAGAAAAUCCGCCCCUUCUUCCACUUGGGGUUGGGAGUCAAUCUAAAGGCAUACUUGUGUAUGAAUAGGGGGCUCCGCGAAGAGGCGACUUGCUCCAUCUGCCUGGAUUACUUCGCGAGCCCGGCGACCAUCGAGUGCGGCCACAGCUUCUGCCGAGCCUGCCUCGUCCAGUACUGGGCAGAGUCCGGCGCGGGCCCCUGCUGCCCUCAGUGCAGGGAAGCGACGCAGCAAAGGAUCCUCCGGCCCAACUUGCAGCUGGACAACCUGGUGCAGCUGGUGAGGAAGCUCAAGGAGGACGCGGGAGAAGCGAGCCCGGCCUCCUGCAACGACGACCCAGCCCUGCUCUGGGCGGAGGGCGACCGAUCCACGGGGGAUCCCGCCCACCACGACUCCUCUCUCGCAGAAGAGGCUUCCCUGCAGUAUAAGAGGAAAAUCAAGUCCCACCUGACAUAUCUGAAAAAGGAGAGAGAAAAGUUGGUGAACCUGAAACUUGCUGAAGAGCUGGGGAGGCAGGAGUGUCUGAUGUUGUUUGAAACUGAGAAGAAGAAAGCCCGGUCUGCCUUUGAGCGAAUGCAGCAGUUCCUUGUGGAGAAAAAGCACCUCUGGCUAGGCCAGCUCGAAGAUCUGGAGAAAGCGAUGGAGAGGAAGCAGGAGGAAAACCUCGCCAAACUCUCCGAGGAGAUUUCCCGACUCAACGAGCUGAUCGCGGAGAUGAAAUGGAAGUACCUGCAGCCUGCGAGUGAAUUGUUGCAGGACACCAGAAGUUCCUUAAGCAGGUACGAGAAGAAUUUGGGAGGGCAUGUGGUGGUCCUUACUCCCAGGCUAGAAGAGAAGCUCAGAGUUUUCUCGCUGAAAAAUGCUUCUUUGGAGAAGGCUAUGGAGAACUGUAAAGAAUCUCUGGAGCAAGUUCUGCAACCAGAUUAUUUGAAGCAAACCUUGCAGAAAGCGAACGUGACUCUGGAUCCGGACACGGCCCACCCCUUCCUCAUUCUGUCCCAGGACCUGAAGGGCGUGCGGAGAGUUCAGAGGGAGCAGGACCUGCCUUUCAACCCCGAGAGAUUCGACACCAUGCCCUACGUGCUGGGCUGCGACAGAUUCACUUCGGGAAGGCACUGGUGGGAAGUGGAGGUGUGGGGCAAGGCGACAUGGGCCGUGGGGGUGGCCACGGAGUCGGUCAGGAGGAAGGGGGGAGUCGACAUCAGCCCCCACCAGGGGAUUUGGGCCAUGGGGAAGCCGCCCUGCUACUCCCCCUCCCCCUGCCAGUUCUUGGCUUUUACUGCCCCUCAGCCAACUGACCUGACCUUGAGGAGAGAGCCCAGGAAGAUCCGCGUGGCCCUGGAUUGCGAGGCGGGCUGCGUGGAGUUUUCCGACGCCGACACGGAGGAAUUCAUCUUCGCUUUCCCUCCGAGAUCGUUCUUCGGGGAGAAAAUCCGGCCCUUUCUGCAGGUGUGCUGCGACGUCAGCCUGAAAUGCUGAAGGCCGCCGUGAAAGGCAAACUCUAUGGGGCCACCGCCCUGAGAGGAGCAAAUUCUCUCCAGAACUCGCCCCAAAGGGCUGGGUUUUCCCCAGGGAAGACUUCACCGUUCUACAUGGUAGAUUCUUCCAUCUGCAGAAAAGAAAAGGAAGCAAAUCAAAACAGUCUGGGUUCGAUGGCCCCUUUCGUUACUAUUCCUUGAAAUGAUCAUUCUAAACAAAAUAGGAAGCAGCAGCUCCAAAUAGAUUAAAAGGGGUAUUGAUCCUGGGACAUGAAAGGCUAUGUCUCUGAGAGGGUGGUUGUCCAACUUUGGUCCCCACGCUGCACUCAACUCUCACCUGUGCCUCCUAGAAGCUAGCUGCCAGCCUGGGACAUCUGUCACACCCCGAGGACGGCUUCAACUGGCCAAUUAAAAACCAGGUGAGGGGAGCCGAUGGGUCUCAAACCCUCGGUGAGUUAGGGACUUCUCCUGCACGCGAAGGCAGGCUCCAGUGGAUUGAGCAGACGAGACCAAGAGUGGAUCCAGUGGUCGAGAAGGUGUUUUCUGCCCGUGCUGUAGAGGAAAGCAGGGGCAGGGGGGGCUCGUCAUCCUGGGAAGAGAGCCCAUCUAGGAGAAGGAAAACUCUAACCCUAAACCUCUACUGCCUUGCGGGAGAUCUUUGGGAGACGACAGGACUAAGGAGUAGACCCUGCUCAAAUCCAGAGCAGAGUCCCUAAGACAGUUGGAUGGCUCCUUGUACGCCUCCUUCUGGCAACUCCUGCAUCAAAGCUGGUGCCAAACGUCUUGCUCUGCUUUCCUUUGGACCACAUCAGGGAGGUCUCUCUCAUGAAAUUCUUAGUGUUUUUAAGUGUCAGGUGUAACUUCAGCCUGAACACAGCAGAGUUUGCGCAGGUUUUUCCGGAAGCUUCUGGUGGUAACUUAAAUGACUAGACGUCUGGACGCAGAAUAAACUACGGUAUAUACAGGAUUUAUUAAAAUAAAAGAAAUCCAGAGUUUCUAUGUACAAGUUUAGAACUCAAAAACAAAGUAAAAUAAAUCCUUCCCCCCCUCUCUCUCUCACACACACAACCGAUACAGCACCUCUCCUCCUACACUGACCACCCUCACCACACCAUGUACUGUGCUAGCUUUCACUGAUAACAGGUCUCUGUGCUGAUCAUCAACCAAUGAGAGCGCAGUUACUAUGGCAGAAGUAGACCUUGGCUUUCUGCCCAGUGUUAAUUGCUUGUCCUAGAGUUGAUUGUGUGAAGAAGCAAUCUGAUGGUUUCUCAUGCUACCAAUUUUGCAAAACCCGAACAGAAAUUCUACUCAAUACCGAUCCAGAGCAGAUUCCAAUAUAUAGUUAGCAGAGUGAAAAACUAAAAAACCCAUGGCAGGAUUCCCAGAAAUAGACCAGAGGCAAUUAAUGUUUCAUCCAGCAGAGCUUUAGUGCUACUGAAGGCGAAUGGCCACAAAUCCAAUACAUUCAGGAUUGGCCCUGUCCAUAAGAAAUCCAGUUGCAGCAGACUUAACUUAAACUUACAUUAACUUAUCUAAAGACUAAAUCUCGACACUAUAUACACGGAACACCGCACCAGAAGGAAGAGAAAGAGUGAAAACCCAGGCUCCUUCUGGCUUUACAAUUAUAGUCAGCAUGACCUUGACAGAAGAGAGGUAACAGAACCAGUUUAAGCCAGCUGUACUCCGCUUCUCUGAAGGAAUAACUCAUGAGCCUCCUGCUUGUUUCUUUCACACAGAGAAGCUUCCAGAACCCUCUUUAAUUAAUUAGAAUUAAUUCUAAUCAUUACUUACUGGUAGCUUUUUCAAAAGAAACCCUUUGGGGUUGAGGGCAUGAUUAUUUCAAAACAUUGCAAUGAAAGGAAGCUUCUGACCCUGACUGUUUUGAGUUUUUUCUCACUGAUUGCUGCUUACAGGUGAAACUCAGAAAAUUAGAAUAUUGUGGAAAGGUUCAUUUCUUUCAGUAAUUCAACUUAAAAGGUGGAACUAAUAUAUGAGGUAGACUCAUGACACGCAGAGCGAGAUAUGUCAAGCCUUUAUUUGUUAUAAUUGUGAUGAUUGUGGCGUACAGCUGAUGAGAACCCCAGUACCCCCCAAUCUCAACUUUGGGGUUUUUCAUCAGCUGGAUGCCAUAAACAUCACAAUUAUAACAAAUAAAGGCUUGACAUAUCUCACUUUGCAUGUCAUGAGCCUAUCUCAUAUAUUAAACUCCAGUAGCUAAUGAAGACAAUUGCUUACAUAAAUGAACUUUUCCACGAUAUUCUAAUUUUCCGAGUUUCAUCUGUAUUUCCAGCACUCUGUCCCCUGCAUAGGAGUGAAUCUAUACCCCCCCCCUUGGAGUAAUUCCAGCAACAUCCCUCACUAAUACAAGGGAUGUGUAAUGUGCCUAUUCAUUCCCCCUCUUCCCAUCCCUCCUGUAAUUUUAUGACACUGCAAGAUAAAAAGGAAGCUUCACAGCAACACUGCCAUCUUUAAAUUAUUUUCAUUUUAUUGUAUAAGAUUUCUUACCUGUCCUUCACCACAGGGUCCCUGGGUGGGUUAUGGCAAUGUAAUAUACAGCUAUAAAAGGCAAAGCCAUUGCAGCUAUUAAAAAAUAAAUAAUUCAGGUAAAACCGUUCUGUGGAACGGAAUAGAGUAAUAUAAAUUCAGCCAAAGAUGUGGGUCUUAAAAAAAACAGAAUACUUUAAUUGUCAAACUGUUAAGUGGUGCAUUUAGCAUUUUUAGGUAACAGUCACAUCUUAUGCGGGGUUUGCACUUUUGGGUUAUGCAAUAUUCAUAUUCAUAAAUAGCUGACAGAAGGGUUCAAGACAUGUAAUCCAUAAGACACACCAUAUUGCAGCUAAAAGCAGAAGUUUAUCGAGGGACAUACAAAAUGCUUGGCGAAGGUUUCACAUACAGAAACUGCUUUCAGAUGAUAUAUUAGAUAAUAAUCUGAAAGGACAGCAGAGCAAGGCCAGAUAGAUGUGUAUUUAUGGUACAGGAUAAAGUCACGUUCUUGUUUGGGAAAAAAAGAUUAAAGGACAGGAUGAAAGGCUAUCUGAAGGAGAGUUGGCAGCUUGGGGAGUUAAUCAGCAGGAGGGCUGAGUGGGAAGUCAAAAUUCCCAGCAGGGAUGAGUAACCUGGCAAGGAAGACCUGGACCUAGACUCGCAAUAGUUUUUUUAAAAUGUGUUUGCCUUCUGUUAUUUCUCCUCUUGCACUUUAUUUCCUUGUAUUUAUGUUACAAUAAAUAUUUUUCAAAUCA